GCAAUACAUUGUGUCUUUACUCAGGAUAGUAAUUCUUUAGUAUACCAGCAUUUUGUAUGGAAAUGUACUAAAGCGGAAACAAUGGAUCCGAUACCCGAGACUGAGAGUAAAAAAGUCGACAUUUAUCGGGACACAUGGGUUCGGUUCUUGGGAUAUGCCAACGAGGUGGGCGAGGCAUUUCGUGCCCUCGUGCCCGUCAGCAUGGUGUGGGCGAGUUACGCAGUCGCAACAGCAUACGUAUCAGCGGAUGCAGUGGAUAAAGGCAAGAAGGCAGCUGCAGCUCAUGGUGAUCACCCGGGGAAGACUACACGUGUGGCUGUUGCUGUAGUGGACACGUUUGUGUGGCAGGCGUUGGCGUCCGUGGCCAUUCCCGGCUUCACCAUAAACCGUGUGUGUGCUGCUUCACUCUACCUGCUGGGCAAAACUACACGGUGGCCUUUACCUGUGCGCAAGUGGACAACCACCGCCAUCGGCCUUUCUACCAUCCCCUUCAUUAUCAAACCCAUAGACAGGUCUGUAGACUUCCUCCUGGACUCCAGCUUGAGAAAGGUGUACGGUGAAGGAGAAAAGCACGAGUGAAGCCGAUCUACACGUCCAUGUAAAACCUCAUCAGAGCACAGCAGCAGUUUUCAUUUCCAUCAAAUUGCUUUACCAUGAUGCACAACCUCAAAGUUUCUAGCGGUGUCUAAUGAUGCAGCAGUACCGUAGUUUGAUACGAGGCUCUCGAUACUACAAUCGUAAUGUAAUCAGUUUUUAUAAGGCACAUUAUACUGUUAAGAGUCUGAAUCAAUCAUAGAAACACAUUUUUAUUAUGUAUCGAGACACCACAAUAACAUUUUGUUACAUGUCACACAUACUGUAAAUGUGUAGCUGUAUUACUGAGCUGGAAAUGAACAACUACUGUAUAUUCUCUUGCACAGGAUUCUGAGAGUCACUUCACUUCAAUUACAUUGAACGUUUUCCAUGAGACAACUCUAUGUAUUUGUCUUGCAAAUCAUUAAUCGGAUAAAUUCUUAGCCAAAGUCAAAGAAAACAUUACUAUGAACGGUUUAUUAAUUUUCUGACACAAUCUGUGUGUAAUAUUUGGCUCUGUUGUACCUCAGUGCAUUACAUCGAUAGCUGUCAGAGCAGGUUAUUGAGAAAGCUGAGAGCAAACUAUGCAAAAAGACGUGAAGCCAUAAGCUGCAAAUAUCUACAUUUGACCUGCAUUUUAAAGCUUUUAACUCUUAAACUCAUCCCAGCAUAGAGGUCAAAUGACAAGAAACAGAACUAGUGACUAUUUUUUCAUUCUGCAGGUGAACUGUAUUAUUUUCUCUAUAUCUGAAUAGUCAGCGUAUCAUAUUCAGAGUCCACAUGGAUCUGGAACUACUCUGGAAACAGAAGAAAAAGAACGUUUAUCUGUUUACUUGGUGUUUAUUUUUAAAAGGGAAAUUUUUAUGUUUUAAUGUUUUGUUAUGGGGCUUCAGACAUAUUAGGAUGAAAUGUGACGAUAAACAAUGAGAAGGGUUUAUUUUUUUAAAUUCAUUUAUAACUGUACUGUGACGGCAUUCGGGGAUUUGUUUUAAAGAACUCUGGUGUGAGGCAUUUAUUUAAAAAAAUAUCUAGAUGUUUAAUAUGUAAUAAAAAUAAAAAAUAAAAUGCUGCAACAAAGUCUGUAAUAAAGUGUAGUAUAAAGGAACAAG